CUUGUUUGUCCCUGGUUUCACAGUAGAUUGCCUCGAAUAUCAAUUUCUGAAUAUUAUUCAGUUUGAAACAGUCAUACUGAUUACAGACCUCCAUCUGAAGGUACUGACACUUACAGUGGUGGCUGGUAAUCAUGAUUUCGGUACUCGGUCUAGUACUAAUCAUUUUGCUGGCUUGCCAAAUAGUGAGUUGUGCAUUUUUUCCUCGCAAAAACAAUGUUUGCAACAAAAUACCAGACUAUGCGACACUUUUUAUCAAUGAUAAGAAUUGUUGGUAUAAUCCUGAUGUGAGAUCAUCAAUGGAAGAAAUCUUGAAGAGAAAUGGUUACAGGGCGGAGAAACACAAGGUGACGACUGAAGACGGAUACAUCCUGACCAUGUUCAGGAUUCCUGCCACAUUUCCUGCUGACCCAGUGUCCCAAGGUCGACCCAUCCUGAUACAACACGGUAUCGGUGGAACAGGGGUUUUUUGGAUCCUGCAAGGGCAAAAUUCACUCGCAUUCUUCCUGUCAAGAAAUGGUUAUGAUGUGUGGCUAUCAACUACAAGAGGUGGAACGUACUCUAAUAGACACGAAAGACUGACAACAGCUGACCCUGAAUACUGGAAUUACAGUUUUCAUGAGCAUGGAAUUUAUGACUUGCCAGCAAUGACCACCUACAUAUCGAAAAUUACUGGGAGAAAGGGCGAUAUCACUUACAUAGGUCACUCGAUGGGGACAACGAUGUCCUACAUUUACUCGAUAUUGAGGAAAAAGCACGCAGAAGAACAUUUGAACGGGAUUAUAUCAUUCGCACCUGUGGCUUACACGAGGAACGUCAAGGGAUUGUAUAGAUUUCUUUCUCCAUUCGCAGAUACACUCGUGCAUUUGUUGAACGGCAUCGGGAUUUACGCUAUAGGAGACCUACCGAUUUAUUCCAAAAUAAUAUCAACGCUGUGUGGCACUUAUCCCAGUGUGAUUUUUUGCGAAUUAUCAGUGGCGCUAACAAGUGGUUUAUCAGUAGAAGAAGAAAGACCCGAUCUUCUGCCAGUUUUUGGAAGCUACUUCCCUGCUGGGACAUCUCUCAAACUGAUACAGCAUUUUUCGCAGUGCAUCAAUGCAGGAUACUUACAAUUCUAUGAUUAUGGGGACCAGAACAUUGUCAAAUAUAAUGCUACUAAGCCACCCAUAUAUGAUUUAAAUGCAAUAUCAGUGCCAGUACAUUUGUUUGUAGGACAAAAAGAUUUCAUCGGAAAUGUAGAAGAUUCCGAAACAUUGUUCAGACAAUUGAAAUCCAAUAGGGUUCCAACUUCGAUGAGUUUUUACAACUAUGCCCACAACGAUUUCUUCUUGGGGAGAAAUUUCGAAAAUUUGUAUAGUCAGCUACUGAAGACGAUAAGAAUGCUUUAACACAUGUGACUUUAUUAGAAGCCAGUGAUCGUGGCCCCAUAACUGGAUGGAAUUCAGAAGACUGAAUAUUUUAAAACACAGUAUUUUCAACAGAUGUUACAUAAAAUUUGUUAUUGUUUA